AGCUUCGAGGCGGAGGGCUUCCUCGCUCCGCCGCCUGACGGUGCUUUGCGGCAGUCGUCAAGCGUGACUCUGGGCGGUGGGCGGGGGCCGAGGGGCUGCCAUGGCGGUGGCGAGCCGGCACCGGAGCUCCUGGGCUCUCUGGGCGCUGCUCUUCGCGGGGCUCGCGCUGUUCGGGGUCGGGCCGACCCCGGCCCGGGCGCUGCACAACGUCACGGCCGAGCUCUUUGGAGCUGAGGCCUGGGGCACCCUGGCGGCCUUCGGGGACCUCAACUCAGACAAGCAGACGGACCUCUUCGUGCUGCGGGAAAGAAAUGAGUUAAUGAUCUUUUUGGCAGACCAGAAUGCACCCUAUUUUAAACCUAAAGUGCAUCUAUCCUUACAGAAUUACAGUACAUUGAUAACAAGUGUGGUUCCUGGGGAUUAUGAUGGAGAUUCACAAAUGGAUGUCCUUCUAACAUAUUUUCCCCAAAAUCAUGCCAACAAUGAAUUAGGAGCUAUUAUCUUCUGGGGACAAAAUCAAACAUUAGAUUCUAACAAUAUGACUAUACUCAAUAGGACUUUCCAAGAUCAACCACUAAUUAUGGACUUUAAUGGUGACCUAAUUCCUGAUGUGUUUGGUAUCACUAAUGAAUCCAGCCAGCCACAGAUACUAUUAGGAGGAAAUUUAUCAUGGCAUCCUGCAUUGACCACUAAAAGUAAAAUGCGAAUUCCACAUUCUCAUGCAUUUAUUGAUCUGAAUGAAGAUUUUACAGCAGAUUUAUUCCUCACAACAUUGUCUGACUCUAAUACUUUCCAGUUUGAGAUAUGUGAAAAUUUGGAUGGAAACUUCUCUCAUUGUAAUACUGUUGAGACACCUAAAAAUUUGAUGUUAGUUGGACAGUCAGCUUUUGCAGACUUUGAUGGAGAUGGACACAUGGACCACUUGCUGCCAGGCUGUGAAGAUAUAAACUGCCAAAAAAGCAUCAUAUAUUUAAUGAGAUCCAAAACAAAACAGUGGGUUCCAGUGCUACAAGAUUUCAACAAUAAGGGCACACUCUGGGGCUUUGUGCCCUUUGUACAAGAAAAACAACCAACUGAGAUACCAAUUCCAAUUACACUUCAUAUUGGAGACUACAACAUGGAUGGCUAUCCAGAUGCUCUUGCCAUACUAAAGAAUACAUCUGGAAGCAACCAGCAGGCCUUCUUACUGGAGAAUGUCCCCUGCAAUAAUGCAAGCUGUGAGGAGGUACAUCGGAUGUUUAAAGUCUACUGGGAGCUGUCAGACUUAAAUUUAAUCAGAGAUGCCAUGGUUGCCACCUUUUUUGACAUUUACGAAGAUGGAAUUUUAGACAUCAUAAUAUUAAGUAAAGGAUAUACAAAGAAUGAUUUUGCCAUUCAUACACUAAAAAAUAACUUUGAAGCGGAUGCUUAUUUUGUUAAAGUCAUUGUUCUUAGUGGUCUGUGUUCUAAUGAUUGUCCUCGUAAGAUAACACCAUUUGGGGUGAAUCAGCCUGGACCCUAUAUCAUGUAUACAACUGUAGAUGCAAAUGGAUACCUGAAAAAUGGCUCAGCUGCACAGCUCAGCCAGUCGGCACACUUAGCUCUUCAGCUACCAUACAGUGUGCUUGGUUUAGGUCGAAGUGCAAAUUUUCUUGACCAUCUUCAUGUUGGCAUCCCUCGUCCAUCUGGGGAGAAGUCAGUAAGAAAACAAGAGUGGACUGCAAUCAUUCCAAAUUCCCAGCUGAUUGUCAUUCCCUACCCUCACAAUAUCCCUCGAAGCUGGAGUGCCAAACUAUAUCUGACACCAAGUAACAUUGUGCUACUCACGGCUAUAGCUCUCAUUGGGGUCUGUGUGUUCAUCUUGGCAAUCAUUGGCAUUCUACACUGGCAGGAAAAGAAAGCAGAUGAUAGAGAAAAGAGACAAGAAGCCCAUCGUUUUCAUUUUGAUGCUAUGUGACCUGGCAUUGAACGAUGGAACUCCUGCUCUUCUGAUUAAGUACUAAAUUUUCACUGAUAAAAGGAAGUAGGGGAUUUGGGAUGUUAUUUAUAAAUGAUGCAUCCAUUGGAAAUUAUUAGAAUGUAUUAAAAUAAAUAUGAUCUGAAUGUCUUACAAGGUCCUUUAUUUAAAGCACUUUGUAUACAGUCAUUUGGGUUCUUGAUUCAAUAGUACUGUGCAUUUUUGUUCCUUUGUGGAAUGUGUUGCAUGUAUUCUAGGGUCUGUGUAUUUAUAAUCUUAUUAGAGUAAUGAUGAUGGGAAAGACAUGUAAAUAAAAAUAUUUAAAUGAGCAGUGUUUUUUGUUCCACUUGAAUCACUCUUGCUUCUUACAAUGUAAAUUAUCCUUUGGUAAAUGAAUCACAGAUAAAGUUUUAAACAGUCACCUUACUGACAGCAGAACAAGGUCUUAUGAAUGGCAUACAAUACAUUAACUGCUUUGGCUUUGGCAUCACAGUAAAACAGACUUGCCUUAAACUUGUGUAAAGUGUUUAGCAUGGUGCCCAAUGCACAGAAAGUGUAAGCACAAAGAUAUCUAUCACUAUUAUUAUUUUAGGUGAUUUUAUUAGAUGUCUGCAACUAAUUAUAUUCUUUGAAAACUUGAAAUUUUCAGAAGCUCACCUGCUAAAGAUUACAUAUUAGCUAAAAGUUGGAAAACUAAUUCUUAUCUGUGUGGUUAGUGAAAAGUAUCCCAUUUCAUUGAAAGCGUAGUGACAUCCUAACACAGGAAAGAGCUCUGCAGCACACCAAUAUUCUCACAUGCUUGGGAUUCCAAAGUCAAUUAUAUUCAGACCUCAGUGUAAAUUUUAUAUUAUCAAGUUCAUAUUGCAAAAAUUUAUUUGAAGAGGUCUUAAAUCUAAUAUUGAGAAAAAUAUUUACAUAUCAAGGUUAAUGAUUUUCUAUUUGAACAUGUCAUGGCUUCUAAAAUACAAAAAUGUCAAUGAAAAUAAUUUACUCAUGUUUUUCUUUAUAUUUCACUGUGAUUGGCAUGUGUUUAGUUUACUUUGAAUGUAAGCAUGUAUGUCUUAAUAAAUAUUCCCUACUGGAA